GAGAACAUGCAACCGUAUUACGUCACUUUCUCUAAACUGAUUUGCUGCCGGGUUGUGGCUGCCGCUGUUUCGCUUCGGCUGGACGGAGGGGUAUGCGGUUGCCUCGCCGGGGGGGGGCCGGCACGGAAGAAUCACGAUUACUGAGAACUUGUAAAAGGCUCAGUAAUCCGCCUGUUGCAGAGUAACCAUGGAAGAGACGAGGUAGCCACCCAAGAGUGAGCCAAAAUCCUAUUUCAAUGGAUACGAAAUAUAAAGACGAUUUAUUUAAGAAGUAUGUACAGUUCCAUGAAUCCAAAUUGAAUGCUUCUGACAACAAACAGCGCCCUGUUAAUGAUGAAUAUCUGCGAGUGGCAGCCUCAGCCUUACUCUGCCUUCCCAAGAUUGAUCCCUUUUAUAGAUUCCGGUUGAUUAAAUUUUAUGAGAUGGUUGAAAAUUCACUAAGAUCCCUGAAAUCCUCAAAUUUACGUUCUCUCCAUACUGCAUUCGCUAUGCUGGAGAUGAUAGGAAUUAAUCUCUUUCUUUACCCUUGGAAGAAGGAAUUCAAAACUAUAAAGACCUACACGGGACCUUUUGUUUAUUAUGUAAAGUCCACACUACCUGAGGAGGAUGUAAGACAGAUUCUGAACUACAUGGGGUAUGUCCAAGAACUGGGAACCAUGUAUAAGCUCAAAGAGCUGGUUGAUGCCUUCCAAGUAAAAAUGGUUUCAUUUGAACUCUUUUUGGCAAAAAUAGAGUGUGAACAACUGCUUGAAAUUCACUUGCAAGUGAAGGAUAAAGGUUAUUUGGAGCUUGAUGUUGUAAAUGAGCGAAAAAAUAGCAAUGAAGAUGUUAGAGGCUGCUCAGAAGCUAUGAAACGGCGCACAGAAUGCAAAGAAAACUUGAACACUUCUAUGGCACGCAUGGUUCUUCAGAAAUCUGCUAGUGAAAGAGCCCCUAAAGAGUACUUCAAGCCAAAAGUAAGCAAGCCUUCUAAAUCCGUGGAUACAUAUGACAGCUAUUGGGAAAACAAGAAACCACCAUUGAUGACUUCGUUGAGUCUCAGAAAAGAACCAAUUUUGGUUGAUACAGAAGAUGACAUUAAAGAUGAAAUAAUACGUCCAUCACCAUCUCUUCUUGCUAUGUCAAGCUCUCCACAUGGGUGUUCAGAUGAAUUUCUGCCAAUUUCAUCCCAUCCCAAUGGCAUGUUAAGAACAAAUGUCCCCUACAACUCUUAUAUUUCUGCUCAAGAAGACUUAGACUUAUACACUGAUCCUGAUUCUAGAAGUAUGUUAAAUUUUAAAAGACAUGAAGUUAGUAAACCUGAUGUAUGGCUAAUAAGAAAUGAUGCCAAUCCCAUUUACCACAAACGUACGCAUCUAGCCAAAGAGACAACUUCCCUGAAGUGCCAGAAUUGUGGCAUAACUUGCGGCACUUCUGUUUGCCAAAAGUGUGACAAUCUGCUCAUCUAUAGGCAGGAAUAUCCAGCAGUGAAGCAGAGCAGUUAUUCAAUCAAAGCAAUUCCAAAUGAUGGCUUGUCUCCUGGCUCUGCUUUAAGAGAGAAAUCUCAGUAUGCAUUACAGACUCAGAGUCAAGAAAGAGCUACUCAGCUCAGUUCAAAAUCCAAGCCUUCAGGCACCCUGCGCUGUGGCUUCUGUAACCGAUCUGGAGCUGCAAACACAUGCACAUUCUGUUCAAAAGUCUCAUGUGAUGCUUGCCUCAAUGCUUACUAUUAUGAUCCCUGCUGUAGAAAGAGUGAGCUACACAGAUUCAUGCCUAACAAUCAAUUAAACUAUAAAUCAACCCAGCUGCCCCACCUUGUUUAUAGAUAGACUUGAAAUUCUGUGUUUGAGAGGAGAAACAAGGGCUAAAAACACAUGGAAUUUUCUGAUUUCACUGGUAACAAAUAUGAUACUGACCUCUUUAUAUAUAAAUAUUAAAAAAAAAAAAGAUGUGUCCAGUUUUUGGAAAUACAUUUCAAUGACUAGGUGCCAGUUUCAUUUUUAGUGGCUUCACAAAUGCUGUGUAUACAUUAGAGUUCAUGCCUCUACCAUUUAGGUAGUUCUUAUCUGAUAACUGCUUUUCAAUUUAGAUGGGGGAGAAGAGCACAUUUUCCUUUCAGACUUGGCAGCUGUUGCACUUUAAGUGACACCACAUCUUUGUUAUUAUAUUGCAGUUAUUGGCUCACCCAAAUAAAACUACGUAAGAGUAUAUGAAAUUAAGAGCAGCAUUUUCAGUGUAUUGUGAAAUCACUGUCUGUUUUUAUAGAGUAACUUUAAAAUACUUGUAGGAAGUAUUUGAAAAUUACUUGGUUGCCAAAAAGGACUAAUUUUUGAAGAGUUUGGCUGCAUUUCCUGAGCUCUAAAAUGUAAACACCAGGACAUCUCCUCUUCAUGUCUUCAUGUUUCCUCCUUCUCCCUUCCAUCCCCCAAGAUGUUUAUCUCAAGCUUAUACAAUCUGAAUUUGAAGAGAGUUCUUGCUUUAUUUUCUAGUGUUGCCAAUACCAUCCUACUGGUUUUUACUGUGUGGUAUUUUUAAAAGGUGAAUCUGUAUACAUGUCACUUAAAUUAUGCCUGGAGUGUUGUCUUUCCAGUUCAGUACUGAUUUUAUUCAUCUUCUGUUGCACAUGUAUUAAAUCCCAUUCUUUGUACUGUAAAUAGGUGAUUUGGAAACAGUUUAUUUUUUAAUAAAUAGAUUCAAUAUGUUAAAUUCUAAAA